AUGGAAGACACAACAGUUACUGAAAAAAGGUCUGCAAAAGAAAGAGGUGCAGACAUAAACGACAUCACAAACAAUGAAGUGGAUUAUGACCAAUUGCUCUCCUCGGCUGGCAAAUUCGGUCGAUAUCAAUGGUUUUUAUUCUUCUCUACGUGUCCGUUCUACAUAUUUAGCACAUUUUCCUAUUUUUCACAAAUGUUCAUGACGGAACCGUCACCAAACCACUGGUGCUGGAUUCCAGAGUUGGCGAAUCUGACUGAACUGGGGCGAAGAAAUUUAGCAAUCCCAAGAGAUGAAAGUGCACGUUUUGGCUAUUCACAGUGUAAAGCCUACAUAGCUAAUUGGAGUGCGGUUUUAAUAAGUGGAAUAACACCCAACGAGUCUUGGCCAACUGAAAAAUGUCAACACGGAUGGGAAUUCAAUAAGACCGAAAUACCUUAUCCUACUGUUUCCAGUGAGUGGGGAUGGGUAUGUGACAAGGACAGUUACCAAGCUACUGCGCAAUCAAUUUUCUUUCUUGGGUCGAUUGUAGGGGGUUUUCUGAUUGGCUGGGUGGCCGAUCGUUUUGGAAGAAUUCCGGCAGCUGUUUCCGCUAAUAUGAUCGGUUGUGUAGCGGGGGUGGUCACUAUUUUUGCAAGAAACUUCAUAGAAUUUAGUGUAUGCAGAUUUUUGAUGGGUAUGUCUUACGAUAAUUGUUUGAUGAUGAUUUACCUUUUGGUACUUGAAUAUGUGGCACCCAAAUACAGAACCAUUAUAGCGAAUAUGCCUUUCGCCAUAUUCUUUACUCUGGGUUUAACGAUAUUACCUUGGAUUUCUUUAGCUUGUGGCCAUUGGAAAACAAUAAGUUUAGCUACCAGUAUUCCUAUGGCACUAUCUUUACUAACGCCGCUAUUAGUUCCUGAAAGUCCGAGGUGGUUACUCUCAAAAGGUCGCAUCGAUGAAGCUAUAUACAAAAUUGUAAACAUCGGACGAGUUAAUAAAAAAGAGGUACCCUCGAAACUAAUAGAGCAGUUUAGACUAUCAUUAUCCAGAGAAAAAAAGAUAAAAAAUGUAAGCUGCAUCGAAUUACUCAAAAGACCUUCACUAAGAAAGAUUUUUAUUUGCAUGUGCUUGGUAUACAUGAGCUGUAUGAUUGUUUAUGACGCUUUGGUUAGAAGUAUAGGUAGUUUAGGAUUCGACUUUUUCUUGUCAUUUUCUUUUCUAUCAUUAACGGAGCUUCCGUCCUUGGUAAUAGUGUCCUUUGUUUUAGAUUUAAUUGGUCGAAAGUGGUUAAGCAUUAUUUCUUUUAUUGUAAGCUGCAUUUUUAGUGUUACUAUAGCCUUCGUUGGUGGUGGAUUACCAUCCGUACUAUGUGCUAUUGCUGCUAGGUUUUUCGUUAAUAUGGCUUGUAAUACUGCUAUUCAAUGGGGAGCGGAGAUGUUGCCUACAUCAGUCAGAGGAUCAGGUGCUUCGAUUAUACAUAUCUGUGGUUAUGUUGCCACUGUUAUUUCUCCAUAUAUUGUGUAUUUAGAGAAUUUUAUAACUUGGCUUCCUUUUGUUAUAGUAGGUGCCAUAGCAGCAUUAGGUGCAGUGCUUUCUUUAGCAUUACCAGAAACAGCUGGAAGAGAUAUGCCACAAACAUUUGAAGAUGCAGACGAAUUGGUAAGAAACCAAAAGUUAUUUGACGUUCCAUUUUUACAAAGGAAAAAGGUUGUCGAUGGUGGCUACGUCAACUCUUCCUUCCAAUCGAACUAA